CAAUGACCUCGUCUGUUAAACGUCGGCGUAACGACAGUAGCAAUUGCUCUAGUGUGCCUGGGAGGACGACGGAGAAGGACGAUGAUGCUGCUUAUGCUGAUGGGUACUUCAAUUCCUAUGAUGACCUUUCAGUCCACGAUCUCAUGCUCAAGGACAAGCCCCGAGUAGAGGGUUAUAUCAGAGCUUUUGAGGCCAAUAAGGAGAGGUUAAAAGGGAAAGUAGUCUUGGACGUUGGAUGUGGUACUGGGGUGUUAUCUAUGCUGUGCGCUAAGAUAUGCGAACCGGCUCAGAUCAUCGCCGUAGAAGCGACAGAAUCUACUGCUCGAAUAGCCGAGGCGUUGGUACAACAUAAUGGCUUACAGGGCGUGGUCACUGUGGUCAAUAGACCUGUUGAAAUGUUGGAUCUAUCAGCACCAGUCGAUGCCAUAGUGUCGGAGUGGAUGGGCUUUUACGCCUUCCACGAGGCCAUGUUGGAUUCGGUCCUCUAUGCUAGGGAUAGAUGGCUCAAGCCUGAUGGCUUACUCUUACCUGAUAGUUGUCGUCUGUGGGCAGCUGUCGUAUCUGAGGACACUUGGAAAAGUGACAACCUUGACCACUACCACAACUACUACUCUUUGGACUUCACACCCUUCGGAAACGCCUUGGCUUUGGAGGCGAUGGCUAAUCCACAGGUUCAGUUGCUAUCACAAGAGGAAAUACUCAGUGAUCCUGCAUUGGUCGUUGGAGUUGAUAUUCAUUCGGUUACAUCGGAGGAGUUGAAUAAAAUUGGGGCGAAGUUGUCGAUGCCUUUAAAAAAGGACGGAAAUGUGGCUGCGGUAUCCUUCUGGUUUGAUGUUGGAUUUCCAAAUACCGACCUCCCAUUGAGCACUUCACCGUUUUCGCCCCCAACUCAUUGGAAACAGACAUCGAUUUUCCUCGGUUGUUUUGCACCAGCAACGAAAGGGGUGCAGUUUGAAUGCCAAGUUACGUUGGAGCGAGCAGGUCCGACGUCCCGGCAAUACGCUAUUACAGUAGAAACGUGAAGGUUGGCCUUACCGAGAUGACUACUGUAUAAAACGUUCCUCUA